GUUCAUCCCUGGAUACGUAAACAAAUAAAUAUAUUAUUUACUGUCUUUCUGACUGACAAACAUAUUACAAUAUGGCCAGCGUUAAGGAUGAGGUUUCCAUAGAUGUCGCCUGGGAGGAUCAACAGCGCAUCUGCACCUUCUCCCGACUUCAUCGCCGUAUUCAGCACCUUCAAACUCGUCUCAAGCUUUUAAGCGAUGACAUUGAGAAGCUCGAUGAUGCCGGUACGGAAGUCAUGAUUUGUGAUAGUGUCAAGUACGUAUUCGGCGAGGCCUUCGUAGACUUGGAUCCAGACCGCGCCACGGAACUCCUAGAGGACGAAAAGACAACCCUUGAGAAGGAAAAGGAAGGUGUAGAGGAAGAGCUCAAGGAACUUCAAAGUGCACUCGGCGAGCUAAAAGCGCAGCUCUAUGCUAAGUUUGGAUCGCAAAUUUACUUGGAAGACAAGUAGGAGAUUAAAUGUGCGUGUGUGUGAGUGUGUGUGUGUAUCCCUUUUGAAAGCAAUAAAAUAAAUAGCCGUGCGUAAUUUCUUUACGACAGAACGGAGUUGGGGUCUGGGCUGAGUUCAGGCUUUUUCCCAAUAAUAUGCCUACUCGCGAGAAGAUGAAUUCUCGUAUUGCCUUCCCAUUACCACCACCACCUCAUUCGUUUUGUAUUCCGUCAUCGAUUCCUGGAAAAUGAAAAAACUCCUACAGAAUUUUUGUUUGAAUCCUUAAUCCUGAGACCUUACAAGUAAUUUUAUUUGUGAUUCGAUGAUAGCUCCGUUUUCUGUUUGUUAAAUGGUGUCGUGUUAAAAGAAAACUGGUUGUCAUGCCGACAGGGCGACUUCGCCUGCCCGGGGAAUCAUUUGGAUCAGAGUUCUUAACCAUUUUGCGUUAAAUGGCCUCCACUCGUGUGAAUCUAAUGAUUUUAGGGUUGUAUAUAUAUAUAUAUAUAUAUUCGAUCUCGCUAUUGUCGUAUCAAAUCAAAAAAAAAAGAACUGUUGUGUUAUCGAACGCGCGUGGAUAUGUAGACCAGCCCCCCUCCUAAAAAAAAAAGUGAGGGUGGAAACAGUAAAGUAAAAGGAAAAUUAUAAAUAGGUUCAUUGCGUCUUGUGAG